AUGACGACACCACGAUGCUUCAUUGUCCGCCACGGAGAAACCGAGUGGUCGCUAGAUGGACGACACACAGGCACAAGCGAUAUUCCAUUGACAUCAAAUGGAGAGAAGCGAGUACGAGCUACAGGCCGGGCACUGGUUGGCCCUGAUAGAUUGAUUGUGCCGAGUCAAUUGGUUCAUAUCUAUGUUUCACCCCGACACCGUGCCCAACGCACUGUCGAGCUUCUCAACCUAGGCUGCCACGAUCCAUACCCAUGGCAAACUGCAUCCAGCGGCGACAGCGCGACCCAAAAGCCCGCCGAAGAGCCAUCGCCGCACCACACGACCGCGCCAGUAACCAUAACCCCGCGCAUCGCCGAAUGGGACUAUGGCGACUACGAGGGAAUUACAUCGGCGGAAAUCCGCUCACGUCGCAAGGCCGCAGGCCUCGGGCCCUGGGACAUCUGGCGCGACGGAUGUCCCGGCGGAGAGAGCCCAGAGGACAUCAUCGCGCGCGUCGAUGAUUUAAUCGCCGAGAUCCGCGAGAAGUACCACAAGCCGGUCAUUGGGAAGCCGAAGCAGGACCAUGUCACGGGCGAUGUAAUGGUCGUGGGCCACGGACAUAUUCUCCGUGCGUUCGCCAUCAGGUGGGUUGGGAAGCCGCUGACCGAAACGGCGUUGAUCAUGGAUGCUGGCGGUGUCGGCACCCUGAGUUAUGAGCAUCAUAGCAUUGAGGAGCCGGCGAUUUUGUUGGGCGGUGGCUUUGUGGUUGGUGAUUGA